UUUUCUCAUUGUAAUAUAUAUAAUUCUAUAACACAAAAAAAAUGGUUUUUCUCAAAAACACUUUUCUUUUCAUUGUUUUGCUCUUGCCUUCACUAUGCUACAGCAAUAAUUAUGUUUCAAGAGUUUCCUAUUACAGCACCCCAGAUGGCAUGGGGACACCAAGUGGAGCAUGUGGCUACGGAGACUAUGGCAAAGAUGUGAAUAGUGGCGAUGUUUGCACAGCCUCCAAGCGCCUUUACAAAAAUGGAGCUGCCUGUGGAACUUGCUACCAGGUAAGGUGCAAGGACAAGGAUUUGUGCAGUGAUGAGGGCACAAAAGUAGUUGUGACUGAUAAUGGAGAAGGGCAUGGAACAGACUUCAUUCUAAGCUCCCGUGGCUAUGCUAAAAUGGCAAAGCAGCCUAAUAUGGCUCAGCACUUGUUUGCUAAAGGAGUGGUUGAAGUAGAAUAUCGUAGAGUUUCUUGCAAAUAUGGUGGAGGAAAUCUCAUGGUUAAAGUCCAAGAACAUAGCAAGCACCCUAACUACCUUGCUAUUCUUGUUAUGAACCAAGGUGGUGCCACUGACAUUCUCUCUGUCGAAGUCUUCCAGGAGGAAACAAAAGAAUGGAUAUCAAUGAGGAGAGCUUAUGGAGCUAUAUUCGACCUAUCGAACCCACCAAGUGGUGAACUUAAAGUGAGGUUCCUCACAAGUGCUGGUGCUGAAACCAAAUGGGUGGAGUCUGAUAAGGCUGUAAUCCCUGCUGAAUGGAAAGCUGGGAUCACUAUUGAGACAGAUAUUCAGCUCUCUUAAUCAAAACUAUUAUAUAUCUAUAUCUACCUUCUAAUGAAUUACUAUUGCUACACUGCUACUUCAGCUAUCAGUUUACAGAAUAAAUUUUAGAUUAGUUGCGUAUUAGACAUCACCUCGUGUACUUGGUUCUCCAAUGUAUUGAUAUAAUAAACUUCUUCACUGCUGUUUGUUGAGUUA